AUGCAGUUCUUACGUCUUUCUUACCUCGCGUUCUUCGGCUUCAUUGUUCUUGGAGUAACGGCCAUGCCCAAGCCAACACCUGCCCCGGUAGCUGUAGACCUUGCAUUUGGCGAUCAGAUGGAUGCCCGGUUAAGCCUCCUGAUGAGCCCCGUCGCGUGGGCGAAACCUGUCCAACUGGCCACCGGUUCGACUCCCAUCGAGUACACUUUUCCCUUUAUCUUCGGAGACAGGGCACUGAGUCUCAAUGCCGGACCGGGACGUACAGAAAGGGGAACGGAAAAAUCCUGGCAGUCCGGCCGCCCUCAGCGCGUCGACAAUGCCCGAGCAGUCGCCGAUGGCAGACCGGGCUCCCUGGAGGCUGGCAGGCGUGACCCGCCGCCAAUCACAGAGCAGGCUUCCGACCAGGUAGGCACUUAA